AAUUAUAAUAAUAAGUUGAAAUAAAUAGUAGGUAUAAUGUAUAAAUAAUUGUGCUAUCAAUAUAAAGAAAAGAGUGGCUAUCUCGAACUUGUUAUAAUCUCCCAGUCACUUAGACGAGUUAUUGCGACAUAAGUGAAAAGGAGGAAUUGAUUUAGUAAGCCGCUCAUUCCUCCUCUGUGACUUUCAAUCUUUAACAGCAGCCGAAACAUAUAUAUAUAUUUUUUUAUUAUUUUAUAAAAUAAAUUCAUAAAUAUGAGAGUAGCUGUGAUUGGUGCUGGUGGUGCUGGAUUAGCAGCCGUUAGACAUUGUGUUGCUUUCCUAAAAUCAUCAGAUCAAAAAUAUGGAAAAAUUACUGAAGUUGUUUGUUAUGAAAAAACGGAUAAAGUUGGAGGUACGUGGGUAUACGUUCCAGAAACUGGAGUUGAUCAUUAUGGUCUUCCCAUACAUUCCAGUAUGUAUGAAAGUUUAAGAACUAAUUUACCUAAAGAAGUAAUGGGUUAUCCAGAUUUCCCCAUUCCCAAUCAUACAGAUAAAAGUUAUUUAACUCGUACAGAAAUUUUAAAUUUUCUUAAUCAAUACUGUGAUCACUUUCAACUUCGACCGUAUAUUCAGUUUCUUCAUAACGUAGAAUGUGUUGAACCAUCAUCAGAUUUAGAAACGAAAAAUAAUCAACUUUCUCAAAGUGUACGAAAAUGGAUAGUAACAGUAAAAGAUUUGAAAAAAAAUAUUUUAAAAAGAGAAACUUUUGAUGGAGUAAUGAUCUGUAAUGGACAUUACUUUGAACCAAAUGUGCCUACUAUUGAAGGACAAAGUAAAUUUCAAGGAGAUCAAUUACACAGUCAUGAUUAUCGAGUGCCCGAUAUAUUUAUCAAUAAGAAUGUGAUUGUUAUUGGAGCUGGACCUUCUGGCAUGGAUUUAGCUUUGGAAAUAUCGAAUAAGGCUAAACAAGUCAUUUUGAGUCAUCAUUAUCCAGAUCCGAUUCAUACAAUUUUUCCAGAAAAUGUUAUUCAGAAGGGAGACGUUGUAAAGUUUGAAGAGACUGAAGUAAUUUUUUCUGAUGACUCGAAAGAAAAAGCAGAUGUUAUAUUUUAUUGCACAGGAUAUAAAUAUAGUUUUCCAUUUUUAAAAAAAAACUGUGGGGUGAAAGUUGAUUCAAAUAUGGUAACUCCUUUAUGGAAACAUCUCUUGUCUGUUGAAAAUCCAACUCUUGCAUUUAUUGGCCUACCAUUCUAUGUUUGUGCAUUCAGCAUGUUUGAUCUUCAGGUUCAAUUUGUGUUAAAGUUUUGGUUUAAUGAAAAAAAACUUCCAAGUAAAAAUGAAAUGUUAACUGACGAAGUUAUGGAAUUAAAAAGGAAAAUGGAAAAAGGUUUAGGGAAGAAACAUUUUCAUAUGAUGGGACCAGAGCAAGGAAAAUAUUAUGAUGAUUUAGCCAACAUUGCAGGAAUUACACCUCUCCCUCCAGUUUUAACAAAAUUACACAACGAAAGCAGUAUGCGAUUCUUAGAUGAUUUAGUUCAUUAUAGAGAAGAUCAUUAUAAAAUUGUCGAUGAUUUCAAUUUUAUUCAGUUGAAUUAAUUUAAUAUACGAAAUAUUUUUAAUAUUGUUUAUAUGUACAUUUAACAAUAAUAUUUUGAAAUAUAUUUCGUAUUUAAUUUUGUAAUUUGAGUCAAAUUUCGAAAUAAACAUUAACGACAUCUAUAUUGAUUUAUCAUUUGUCGAUAAUAAUUAUGUUGUUUGAGAACAUUGUAGAAUUUUCUUUUACAAAAAAAUAGAUGUGAAAACUGAUGUUGCA